UGAUUCUUGCCUUGGCUUGGGAUCCCAGCAUGGGGACCCUCACCAGGAAGAAGCCAUGCCUACUGCCGCUGCUACCGCUGCUGGUCACCUGGACCCUCGCCUCCUCCCCAGCUCAGAGCUCCUCGUGGGCUUCCCCAGCCACCUUCGGGCCUGUCUUUGAAGACCAGCCACUCGGCCUGCUAUUCCCAGAGGAGUCCACGGAGGAGCAGGUGACACUGGCAUGCCGUGCCCGGGCCAGCCCUCCAGCUACCUAUAGGUGGAAGAUGAACGGCACGGAGAUGAAGCUGGAACCUGGGUCCCGUCACCAGCUGGUGGGGGGCAACCUGGUCAUCACCAACCCCACCAAGGCCCAGGAUGCCGGCGUCUACCAGUGCCUGGCCUCAAACCCAGUGGGCACGGUGGUCAGCAGGGAGGCUGUCCUCCGCUUUGGCUUUCUUCAGGAAUUCUCCAAGGAAGAGCGAGACCCGGUGAAAACCCAUGAGGGCUGGGGGGUGAUGCUCCCGUGUAACCCGCCGGCCCACUACCCAGGCUUGUCCUACCGCUGGCUCCUCAAUGAGUUCCCCAACUUCAUCCCGACGGACGGGCGUCACUUCGUGUCCCAGACCACAGGGAACCUGUACAUCGCCCGGACCAACGCUUCGGAUCUGGGCAACUACUCCUGCCUGGCCACCAGCCACAUGGACUUCUCCACCAAGAGCGUCUUCAGCAAGUUCGCGCAGCUCAACCUGGCAGCCGAAGACCCCCGGCUCUUUGCACCCAGCAUCAAGGCCCGGUUCCCCCCAGAGACCUACGCGCUGGUGGGACAGCAGGUGACCCUGGAGUGCUUCGCCUUUGGGAACCCCGUCCCCAGGAUCAAGUGGCGCAAGGUGGACGGCACCUUAUCCCCGCAGUGGGCCACGGCCGAGCCCACCCUGCAGAUUCCCAGUGUGAGCUUUGAGGACGAGGGCACCUAUGAGUGCGAGGUGGAGAACUCCAAGGGCCGAGAUACCGUCCAGGGCCGCGUCAUCGUGCAGGCCCAGAAAGCAGCUCAGCCUGAGUGGCUCAAAGUGAUCUCAGACACAGAGGCUGACAUCGGCUCCAACCUACGCUGGGGCUGCGCAGCUGCAGGCAAGCCCCGGCCCACCGUGCGCUGGCUGCGGAACGGAGAGCCUCUGGCUUCCCAGAACCGGGUAGAGGUGUCAGCCGGGGACCUGCAGUUCUCUAAGCUGAGCCUGGAGGACUCAGGAAUGUACCAGUGUGUGGCAGAGAAUAAACAUGGCACUGUCUACGCCAGCGCCGAGCUGGCUGUGCAAGCCCUGGCCCCCGACUUCAGGCAGAACCCUGUGCGGCGCCUCAUCCCUGCAGCCCGUGGAGGGGAGAUCGCUAUCCCCUGCCAGCCCCGGGCAGCUCCCAAAGCCACGGUGCUCUGGAGCAAGGGCACUGAGAUUCUGGUGAACAGCAGCAGAGUGACUGUGACUCCAGAUGGCACCUUGAUUAUAAGGAACAUCAGUCGUUCCGACGAAGGCAAAUACACCUGCUUUGCUGAGAAUUUCAUGGGCAAAGCCAACAGCACCGGGGUCCUGUCUGUGCGGGAUGCAACCAAGAUCACUCUAGCCCCCUCGAGCGCGGACAUCAACUUGGGCGACAACCUGACCCUCCAGUGCCACGCCUCCCACGACCCCACCAUGGACCUCACGUUCACCUGGACCCUGGACGACUUCCCCAUUGACUUCCACAAGCCUGGGGGACACUACCGGAGGGCCAGCGUGAAGGAGACGAUUGGGGACCUGACCCUCCUGAAUGCCCAGCUGCGCCACGGAGGGAAGUACACGUGCCUGGCCCAGACAGUGGUGGACGGGGCAUCGAAGGAGGCCACUGUCCUGGUUCGAGGCCCACCAGGUCCCCCAGGAGGAGUGGUCGUGAGGGACAUCGCUGACACCACCGUCCAGCUGAGCUGGAGCCGUGGCUUUGACAACCACAGCCCCAUUGCCAAGUACACCCUGCAAGCUCGCACUCUACCUGCAGGGAAAUGGAAGCAGGUUCGGACCAAUCCCGCGAACAUUGAGGGCAAUGCAGAGACUGCCCAGGUGCUGGGCCUCACGCCCUGGAUGGAUUACCAGUUCCGGGUCAUAGCCAGCAACAUCCUGGGCACGGGAGAGCCCAGUGGGCCCUCCAGCAGGAUCCGGACCAAGGAAGCAGCCCCCUCAGUGGCACCAUCCGGACUCAGCGGGGGCGGCGGGGCCCCGGGAGAGCUCAUGGUCAAUUGGACUCCCAUGUCACGGGAGUACCAGAACGGAGACGGCUUCGGCUACCUGCUGUCCUUCCGCAGGCAGGGCAGCAGCGCCUGGCAGACGGCGCAGGUGCCCGGUGCCGAUGCCCAGUACUUCGUGUACAGCAACCGCAGCAUUCUCCCCUACACGCCCUUCGAGGUCAAGAUCCGCAGCUACAACCGCCGUGGGACCGGACCCGAGAGCCUCACCGCCCUGGUGCACUCGGCUGAGGAAGAACCCCGAGUGGCCCCCAGCAAGGUCUGGGCCAAGGGGGUCUCCGCCUCCGAGGUGAACGUGACCUGGGAACCCGUGCAGCAGGACGUGAACGGAAUCCUUCUGGGGUACGAGAUUCGCUACUGGAAAGCCGGAGACAAAGAAGCAGCAGCGGACCGAGUGAGGACAGCAGGACUGGAUACCAUUGCUCGCAUCACUGACCUGCAGCCCAAUACCAAGUACCACCUGACAGUGCGGGCCUACAACAGGGCAGGAACCGGGCCUGCCAGCCCUUCUGCCAACGCCACCACCAUGAAGUCCCCUCCCCGGCGACCUCCGGGCAACAUCUCCUGGACUUUCUCAAGCUCCAGCCUCAGCAUCAAAUGGGACCCUGUGGUCCCCCUGAGAAAUGAAUCUGCAGUUACUGGCUAUAAGAUGCUGUACCAGAAUGACCUGCACCCAGCCCCCACGCUCCACGUCACCGGCAAGAACUGGAUAGAAAUCCCGGUACUGGAAGACAUUGGCCACGCCCGGGUACAGAUCCGGACCACGGGGCCUGGGGGCGACGGUACCCCAGCAGAAGUCCACAUCGUGAGGAAAGGAGGCACAAGCAUGAUGGUGGAGAACCUGGCAGUCCGCCCGGCCCCGCACCCCGGCCCCAUCCUCUCCCACUCCACGGUGAUGUUGCUGCUCAUCGGCUACCUGGAGCUCUGAUCUCGGUGCCACCCUCCCCCCACCCCCGACCCCGGAGCUGGACACUCACCUCGGAUGGACACAGCCAGCUGGCCCCGGCCCCCUCCUGAUGCCAACAUGGCCCAACACUGUGCCUGAGAACCGUCAGUUUUAAACUCCUAUUUUCAUCAGAGCUCUUUCCAUAGGGGGGCAGGGU